AUGGAGGGUGCCGAGAGCUGGGGUACUCCUGUUGGGACGCGCAGGCUUCCGAGAGUGGCUAGCGGAUCAAGUAUUGCGACUAAUACUCGUAUUAAUGUUUCUAAGAUAAAUGCCCUUAGAGCCUCUGUUGACAGGCACAGCGAUUUAGUGGCGAAAGUUCUGCUAUCCAGUAAAGAGCAUGCUGACAAAAAAUCCGCCAUUGAGUCUGCAUUCAGAGCAUGCAAGGAAGCGUUUGUUGAAGUUUCCUCGGUUUUAAUUAAUAUUCUGGAGGACAAAUCUGUUGACCUACUCACGUUAGAUGACAUAAAAAAGGCUGUCAAGGAUACUUUGAUUGGGAAUAACACUGAUUCUCAGAUGACUUCCUUUUCGAAUAAGGAGCUUGCGUGUAAUUCUCAGCCUCUGUCUUACGCAUCAGUUGCCGGUAAUAGGAAGAAUAAAAUUUGUGUCUCUGGAGGUCUUAUGUUGGAUGCUCCUCCUUCUACUUCAACCUCUUUUUUGAUUGUACCCAAGGAAGGAAAUUCAAAUUAUGAUUCUUCAAAAGCCACGAGAGAGGCGUUAUGUAAGGCCCUGAAGCCAUCGGAUUGUGCUCUGAAGAUCAACAAAGUUACCUUUGCUCGUAAUAAUGGAAUCAAAAUUGAUGCGGUCUCUCCUGAUAUUGACUUGAUCAAAAUGCAUCCAGGACUUGUGAAAGCUGGUCUGAAAGUUAUCGAAAAUGUGAAGUUGAAUCCAAGACUAAUUAUGUAUAAUGUUCCUGUAGAAAUGACUGCGGAGGAGAUUGUUGAAGAAAUUAUUGCGCAAAAUUUAGCGGAUAUUAACAAGAUUGAUAUAAAAGUUGUCUAUACGUAUCCGGCGAAGCCUGAUAAUCGUACUACGAGCUGUGUCCUUGAAGUGUCUCCUCUUAUCAGGAAUAUUUUGCUAAAACGAGGUCGUAUCUACCUGAGAUACUCCGCUUGUAAAUUUACUGAUUACGUUAGGGUCCUGCAAUGCUACAAUUGUAUGACUUUUGGCCACUUAGCUAAAUUUUGCAAAUCAAAGCCGACAUGUGGACUCUGCAGCAAUGAGCAUCUAACAAAAGACUGUGGAAGGAAAGACAUGCUAAAGUGUGGAAAUUGUAUGCGUAACAAGAGCUUUUCGUCUGGAGACCUGUGCCACUCUGCCUUUGAUACGAAGAAAUGUCCGAUAUUAAAUCGAAAAAUAACUGACAAAAUAUCGUACAUUAAUUAUGGAUAA